AUGGGUAGUUAUCAAGGCACAUUCCCUCGCAUAUACGAGCACAAGCUUGCUCUAGUAACGGGAUCCGCACGGAGUAUUGGAGCUGCAAUAGUUCAAAAUUUGGCCAGCAAAGGCUGCAAUGUAAUCAUCAACUAUGCAACCGAGGCUUCCGACGAAUCUGCAGUAGCACUCGCCACCAAUCUCGAGAAGGAAUACUCAGUGCGCGCACUGCCCAUCCGAGCAGACAUUACCUCACGGGAACAAUGCGCACGAAUAGUGUCAACUGCAAAGGAACACUUCACAGACUCGCGAACAGGAUCCUUUCAAAUCGACAUCAUCGUUCACAACGCCGCGGUGCUAUACAUCGGCCCACUGGAGUCAGUCAAAGAAUCCGAGUUCCACCGGAUCUAUGAAGUAAACGUCCUUGGACCUCUGUUACUCACCGGUGCGUGCAAGGAGUAUCUUCCCACCGAUCGCUCGGGGCGUAUUGUGAUGCUAUCGAGUAUUGCGGGGACAACGGGGCCAGAGAACACUUCACUUUAUUCGGGGACUAAGGGUGCUGUUGAAGCCAUGACACGUGUGUGGUGUCGUGAGCUGGCUGAGAGAGCCACAGUCAACGCAAUUAAUCCUGGUCCUGUCAUGACGGAUAUGUAUAUGUCGGCAUCUGAUGCGGUUAAGGAGUCGCUUGCGUUGUGGAAUCCUAUCACGCCGUUGGUGGCUGUCCGGGAGACUGAUAGACCGGAGGUAAAGGAGCUGGGGAAGAAGUUUGGAGGGAGAGCAGCGUAUGCUGAGGAGAUUGCUGGGUUGGUUGCGACGAUCUGUAAUGCGGAGUUUGGGUGGUGUACUGGGAGUGUGAUUUCUGCUAAUGGAGGAUCGUCCUUCAGUACCUAA